CACAUAGAGAAGGAAAUCUAUGUGACUAGCUCAUAACAGAUACUUCAGCUCACUGUCGCCCCUCCCAUUGCUCCCUGACCCGAUGUCCCCGCCUCCUGCCGGUGGGAGGGGCUUGCCGCUGCUUGCUUGUGGGAUGUGAGCUCUUGAAUGUGUUUCCCUGCUGCUGUGCGUGUCCCUCCAUAUGAGAUGAGGAGCUGCAGCUGCUUCCUGGGAUCAGAUUAGAUAGAUGUGACACAUCGGUGCAGGAACUGACAGCCUGACUGGGGCACCGCAUGAGGCAAAGCUGCGUGAUGCUGACACUGUAACAUGCUGGGGACUGUGUAUAUGGGAAGCGCCAGUAGUACGAGUGAUUGAUCCCAGCCCAUGUCCCGGUGCAUUAAACAAUAGAGGAAUCAUGUACACGUUCGUAGUGAGGGAUGAGAACAGCACUGUCUAUGCUGAAGUGGCUAAAAUCCUCCUCGCGAGUGGCCAAUGGAAGAGGCUGAAAAGGGACAACCCGAGGUUUAACCUGAUGCUGGGCGAGAGGAACAGGCUGCCUUUUGGGAGGCUGGGUCAUGAGCCCGGCCUAGUACAACUGGUGAAUUACUACCGGGGUGCUGAUAAGCUUUGUCGUAAAGCCUCCUUGGUAAAACUGAUCAAGACAAGCCCUGAGCUUGAAAGCUGUACGUGGUUCCCAGAAUCCUACGUGAUUUAUCCGAGCAAUGAGAAAACUCCGGUGGUAAGAGCAAGGUAUGGCCUACCAGAGCUUGCAAACAGUCCCCGUAGUGAUGAAAGGGAUGAGUUCAGAGCAUCGUUCAAUAAAAAGAAGGAAAGCGAGGAAGGAAACGUGUGGAUAGCUAAAUCCUCAUCUGGAGCCAAAGGUGAAGGAAUUCUUAUAUCCUCUGAUGCUACAGAGCUUCUUGACUUCAUAGACAAUCAAGACCAAGUACAUGUGAUUCAAAAAUACCUUGAAAGUCCACUUUUGCUGGAACCUGGUCACCGCAAGUUUGAUAUCCGAAGCUGGGUCCUUGUGGACAAUCAGUACAACAUCUACCUGUAUCGAGAGGGUGUUCUUCGGACGUCCUCUGACCCUUACAAUGACGCCAAUUUCCAGGAUAUGACCAGCCACUUGACCAACCACUGCAUUCAGAAGGAGCAUUCGAAAAACUAUGGACGCUAUGAGGAAGGCAAUGAGAUGUUUUUUGAAGAGUUUAAUCAGUAUCUUGUAACAUCCCUGAACGUUAAUCUAGAAAAUGGUAUCUUAUGGCAGAUAAAGGACAUAAUAAGAACUUGUCUUAGCUGCAUAGAACCAGCAAUCAGCACCAAGUACCUUCCUUAUCAGAGUUUCCAGCUCUUCGGCUUUGACUUUAUGGUGGAUAAAGAUCUGAAGGUCUGGUUAAUUGAAGUCAAUGGUGCCCCUGCUUGUGCCCAGAAACUCUAUGCAGAGCUUUGCAAAGGCAUUGUGGACCUAGCUAUUUCCGGUGUCUUUCCCCUAAACGAAGCAAACCAUAAGCCAACGGAAGAUAAUGUUUUGAUCAAACUCUGAUCCUGCUGCCUUAGCUACAGAUGCACGUUACAAGCACGGCCUCCCCUUAUUGAUUCUGAGAGAUAUAGAACAUCUAGAGUUCAUACUGUGUCAUGGAAGGAGCCUUUAUCUGCUCAUAUACAGGAACAGAAUGGAUGAAGCUCAUGGACUCCAGGAAGAGCCGAAGCAGAUAAUUAGUUCAUGCCAAAUCCUUUUUUAUUUAAUUUUUUUUGUUCUCAAAAGGAUUUUACUAAUAAAUGAAGAAAAGAUAGGACACAGGGACCCAAUAUGACUGGGAUUUGCCUUUCAUUGGGUAUAGGAUAACAAGAUUUUAAAGUAAAGUUAUCACAUAGAAAACAGAAACAUAGAUCACAUAGAAGUACACUUUCUCUAUCAAAUACUUAUUUUUUUUAAGGCAUUUAAGAAAUCUUAUAUGUUUGUGCUGAUUAAUUAGUAAAAGCCUUUUGUUCAGGGCUUGCUUGGGUUUGGGCCUAU